GCAUUGUCGAUAGAGUUAGGAGCGGACAUGGAACCCAUCGUAAUUCCCAAGCAGUUGGCUUUUACCGCUCCUGAUUUGUAUUAUUUUUCCACGAUACGAAAAAUAAACAGUUCGCUCGUAAAUUUUUAAAAUUUGUUUUGGUAAUUUUGCUGAUACCUACCUAGUGCACUGUCUGGAAGCCCAGAGGAAGAGUGAGCGUGAAAGAGGGGGCAUAAGAAGAAGCCGAAAGAACGGAGUUUUGAACUGUUGGGACUGACAGCAAAAUUGGGCGAGAGAGAGUUCUGGAAUUCCCAGAUUUCCUUAUUACACUUUUCUUAAGACAUAACUUGUGGGUAUCUCCGCUCCACUGGGUAGUUUCGUAUAUUUAUGUUGUCGAGUUUCUUUCUCAUUGUUCAACCCUAUUUCAAACCCUAGUUUCAGUGUUAAAGGAUUAUCUGCAGGUUGCUCUUGUUGGUCCUAGUGCUCUGCAUGUUGUUUACCUUUGGAGUUUACCAUAGCGUGAGUUGAUGGAUAAUCCCCGAACGACAUCUGGGAAUGCUGAGGAUAAUGUUGGAAUUCCAGAUGAUUUGCGUUGCAAGAGGUCGGAUGGGAAACAGUGGAGGUGCACUGCAAUGUCCAUGCCUGAUAAAACAGUAUGUGAGAAGCACUACAUCCAGGCAAAGAAGAGGGCAGCUAAUUCUGCAAUGAGAGCUAAUCUAAAGAAAGCCAAGAGGAAGUCAAUAGGCGAGAGUGAUAUUUACUUGGAGAGUAAGAGUGAUGAUUUUGAUGAACCGCCUAUGAACACAAAAGUUGAGGAUCAUCCUCAUGUCCCUGGGAAAAAGCUGUUUGAGAAGGUAUCAAAAAAUCAGUUUCGCUAUUCACCUGAUACACCACCUAUGAGGAGUUUACCUGGACGUAAUCCUUCAAAGGCAAAUGAAAAUUUACAAAGAGAUGCUGGACAGUUUGAAGAAAACUGGAGGUCUUAUAAGACACCGCCUGCUUCUGCCAUGGAAUCAUCCAAGCAGAGAUCACAAAGGAGCUUUGAUGCUACAACGGAAUACUCGGAUGGGAGCAUGGAUUCCUCUGAAAAUGCUGGGGGGCAAACAUGCCACCAGUGCCGAAGGAAUGAUAGGGACAUAGUUAUUUGGUGCCUCAGAUGUGAUAAGAGAGGAUAUUGCCAUAGCUGUAUCUCCACAUGGUACUCGGAUAUCCCAUUGGAAGAAAUCCAGAGAAGUUGUCCUGCAUGUCGUGGUACAUGUAAUUGCAAAGUGUGCUUGCGCUUGGAUAAUUCAAUAAAGGUAAGGAUUCGUGAGAUACAUGUUCUAGACAAGUUGAAAUAUCUCCACUGCCUGUUAUCUUCGGUGCUUCCAGUAGUUAAGCAAAUUCAUCAUGAGCAGGCCUUUGAAGUAGAACUAGAAAAAAAGUUGCAAGGAAAUUCGUGUCUUGCCAGGACAAAGUUGAAUGCAGAUGAGCAGAUGUGCUGCAAUUUCUGCAGGAUACCCAUAAUAGAUUAUCAUCGGCAUUGUGCAAACUGCUCAUAUGAUCUGUGCCUUAGUUGCUGUCAAGAUCUUCGGGAAGCAUCUCCAACUGGUGUUAACGGUGAAUUUGUAGAUAGUAAGAUUAGUGGGAAAAGUCAGGAGAAAGUAACUGGAUCAGAACAAGUGAAAGUAUCCAAACUAAGACUAAUUUUACCAGAUAAGUUUCCGGGUUGGCAAGCCAACAAUGAUGGCAGUAUUCCAUGUCCUUCAAAGGAGUAUGGUGGCUGCGGUUAUUUGUCAUUAAAUUUAAGCCGCAUUUUUAAGAUGAACUGGGUUGCAAAACUGGUAAAAAAUGUGGACGAGCUUGUUAGUGGCUGCAUGAUCAACGAUACUGGAAGCCCACAAAAGAUUGGUUUGGAUGAUCCCAGACUCUGCCAAUAUGCUCAUAGGGAGGACAGCGAUGAUAAUUUCCUGUACUGCCCAACAUCUCAAGAUAUUAAAUCUGAGGGGAUUGGAAAUUUUAGAAAGCACUGGGCCAGGGGUGAACCUCUCAUUGUCAAACAGGUGUUUGAUAGCUCAUCCACCUCGAGCUGGGAUCCAGUGGUUAUAUGGAGAGGAGUACGGGAGACAGCAGAUGAGAAAAUGAAAGAUGAGAACAGAAUGGUGAAGGCCACAGAUUGCUUCGACUGGUCUGAGGUUGACAUCGAACUUGGUCAGUUUAUCAAAGGCUACUCUGAGGGACGAACUCAUGAAAAUGGUUGGCCCGAAAUGUUGAAGCUGAAGGAUUGGCCUUCCCCCAGUGCAUCUGAAGAGUUCUUAUUGUACCAGAGACCUGAAUUUAUUAGUAAACUUCCCUUGCUUGAGUAUAUUCACUCCAAGUGGGGUCUUCUAAAUGUUGCUGCAAAGUUGCCCCAUUACUCCUUGCAGAAUGAUGUGGGACCUAAAAUUUUUAUUUCUUAUGGCACUUAUGAAGAACUUGAUAGAGGUGAUUCAGUGACUAAUCUCCAUUUCAAUAUGCGUGACAUGGUAUACCUAUUGGUGCAUACAUGUGAUGUGAAGCUAAAAGGUUGGCAGAGGACACAGACAGAAAAAUUACAGAAAUCCUCCGAGGCAUCUGAGGCUAAUGAAUCAUUGCAGGAUCCACAAGUAGGUUUGGACAAUAGGUCACCUGAUAUGUCAUUUGAUGGUCAAUAUCUGCAGAAUACAUGUAGGACAAAAUUGGAUGCCCAUGAAAAUGAGUCAGUGGUGGAUGGAAGUAUUGAAACCAAUGAUAUUGAAGAGAAUAAUGUUUGUGAGCAAUCAACCAUAGAUGGUGGAGAACUUUCAGAAAAGACGCAUCCUGGAGUCCUCUGGGAUGUGUUUCGCAGGCAGGAUGUUCCAAAGGUGACUGAAUAUUUGAGAAUUCACUGGAAGGAAUUUGGGAAGACUGAUAUUGUGUCAAAUGACUUUGUGAAAAGGCUUCUUUAUGAUGAAACAUUGUUCCUGAAUGAGCAUCAUAAAAGAAAGUUGAAGGAAGAAUUUGGAGUUGAGCCGUGGUCUUUUGAACAGCAUUUGGGGCAAGCUGUAUUUGUUCCUGCUGGAUGCCCCUUCCAAGUGAGAAACCUUCAGUCCACUGUUCAGUUGGGCCUCGAUUUCUUAUCCCCUGAAAGUCUGGGAGAGGCUGUGAGGUUGGCUGAGGAAAUUCGCUGUCUUCCAAAUGACCAUGAGGCAAAACUACAGGUGUUGGAGGUCAGACAAAGGAAAUUUUCCCUAGAAGUAGGAAAAAUAUCACUUUAUGCUGCAAGUUCAGCCAUUAAAGAAGUUCAGAAAUUGGUCCUGGAUCCAAAACUUGGUGCAGAGCUUGGAUUUGAAGAUCCUAAUUUGACUGCAAUGGUUUCAGAGAACUUGGAAAAGAUGGUUAAGGGAAGACAGAUAACUUGUGCUUGAAUUUCUGUACAGUAAUUAGGUAGAAGAAUUCUAGUGUUUUAUAAUAGGGAGUCACAGCUCUAAAAUUGUUGUUAAUAUGUAAUUUUUGACUCGCGCUUACAAUGGUGCUUUUUGAUUAUAGACAAUGCUGCAUGCCUCCUUUAAUGAAAACCAUUGCAGUAUAUAUUAAUAAAUGUAUGCGAACUAUCGUGUUA